CCCGCCGUCAACCGACGAACGUCCUCAACGUUCGAUUUUAUUGAAAUUUUCUCCUCAAAACACAUCGCCUCGUCGACGUAUCGGUACUCAAUCAACUCCAAAAAUUAUAAAGGAAAAUCACGACCUGACACCUCAACCGAGUCACCAUUGACGGCCCCGACAAGAAAGUGAGACUCCUGACGGUCCUUGUUGCCAUUACCGGACAGCUAGGUUGCCAGCUGCAGUCUCGAUGGCGAAGAAGAAAGCUCCCUCUCCUCAAUCAAACACUCUCUUGACCUGGUUUGGUCAUGCCACUUCGACUCCCGGUCAACCAACGCUAUCAUCCCAGAAGCCCACACCGAGCAAACCGAAACGCCGCAAGACAUCCAACCUUGAUUCUAUUCCACCAGAUCCAGAAGAUAUCAUAAUUAUUCCUUCAGAUUCGGAUGAAGGAAUAGGCCCAGUCUGCGUCACCAAGAAAAGACGUACAUCGAACCAGUACGCUUCGGUUGAGUCCGGUUAUGGGCUACACUCUGUACGUCAGAAACCGAAAAAGACAACGACGGAUGCCAGCAUGAUGGAUGGUUGUAUGUUUACCUCGACGGUCACAGCGUCUGGUGCUUUCGGACCCCCUGAUGAAUCCAUUUUGCCCUCGACUCGACCGCUAAUCAACACGGUUCCACCAGGCCCAGUUGUCUUUUCCCUGACAGGUGAAGAUACAUCGUUUGGUUCCCCCUCGGAACUCUUGGGUGCCACUGCUACUCAUGUCACGAACUUGCCCACCAAUCCUGAAGCGGGUCCUUCCAAAUCGGUUCAAGAGUGCUCCUCGGACAAGGGGAUGUAUGAUAGCCGCAUCGACGAUGACUGGGUCAUGGGAGAUGACGAACGCAUGGAAGAUGACGACGAGGAUGAAGACACUGAUGAAAUCGAAUUCCUGGAAGAGCCACAAGUAAACUCGCCAUCGAUUCUCGAAAGUGCCUUGAAAUCAAACCUUCGGCCAUUAACUAGCCUUGUGGCUCCUCACCCUUGCGCUUCGGCUACUUCCAGCAGAAAGGAUGCGUAUUCCGUACUCAUGGCUUCCCAUAAAGAAAAUGAAGCUUGGAAAGAAGCGGAUUCAAUGGAAGAUCGUAGUCUCAAGCCCUUUAAAACUCAAAAAGGUGACAGACGAAAAGCACCGUUCUAUAAAGUGCUCCAGGGAAUGCCAAUAGCUGUCGAUGCGUUUCGAUAUGGGUCCAUACCUGGGGUGAAUGCAUAUUUUUUAACGCACGCCCAUUCAGACCAUUAUACAAACCUCUCAUCUUCCUGGAAAACUGGGCCGAUCUAUUGCUCAGAAGGAACCGCCAAUUUGAUAAAACAUAUGUUGAAAGUCGACCCUAAGUGGGUACAUCCGCUCCCUAUGGACGCUCCUUCCGUGAUUCCCAACACUGGAGGCGUUCAGGUCACGCUCAUCGAAGCGAACCACUGUCCUGGCUCCUGUCUUUUCUUCUUUGAAGGAAAACAGACCGUCAAUGCAGGGGACAGCAACUACAAGUCUGCUUUUGUUGGCUCAGACAGGACAUUUAGAUACCUUCAUUGUGGUGACUUCCGAGCGUCGCCACGACACGUCUUUCAUCCAGCUGUAAGAGGGAAGAGAAUAGACCAUGUAUACUUGGACACGACAUAUCUGGAUCCUAGAUACACGUUUCCUCCUCAACCUCUUGUCAUCUCAGCUUGCGCUGAACUUGCCAAGCGAAUUGCAGAAAACCGACCUUUGAACGACCCGAAGUCGACUUCGGCGAUGUCAAACUGGCUCAGUUCCAGUUCCAGUUCAGGGUUGAGGGAGAAGGAGAAGGGGAUAGAAGCGAAGGCAAAUAUAUUGAUGGUCGUAGGAACAUACUCUAUUGGCAAAGAACGCAUUGUCAAAGCCAUCGCCAAAGCCUUGGACAGCAAAGUGUAUUGCGAUAGUCGCAAAGCAGCCAUCCUUCGAUGUCAGGCCGACCUUGAACUGGACAACUUGUUAACUUCGAACCCCUUAGCCGCCAACGUCCAUUUAGUCCCGCUGGGCUUCAUCUCGUCUGAUAAAUUGGAACCCUAUUUAAACAAGUUCAAGGGUCACUUUACGAGGGUAGUAGGCUUUAGGCCUACAGGAUGGACGUACUCCCCACCUGCUGGUGAACAAGCCCCCACUGUGCGGUCCGUGAUUGCGCGCGUUCAGCAUAACAACUACACAUAUGUUGACCUCCAUCCCUCGCGCAACUCGACAUCGAAGUUUCAGGUGUAUCCCGUUCCUUAUUCGGAACACUCGUCCUUCUCUGAACUGACAUGUUUCGCGCUGUCAUUCGAGUGGACCAAGAUGAUCGCUACUGUAAAUGUGGGGAGCGAAACCUCGAGAGUAAAAAUGACUUGCUGGAUGAGUAAAUGGGAAGCGGAACGGAAACAACAAGGCAACAAUUACACUGUCCCCAAUCGGCAUACCGAUUAUUGGUAG